UGACAAGCUUACACAAAAGUCCUCUAUAACUAUUAUGGUACAGCCAUUACCAGUAAGCCCCGUGGUUGGGCAAACAUUUACCAUCAACAACGGUCUGCAAACUCCCAUAAUCUGUGGUCUUAAUCUUCCCGUUCUGUUCAGCAUCAAAAUCAGGAAACCUUUAAUUUUCCACAGAACAAUAGCCAGUAUACUGCUUUUUGAAUAGAGUUAAUGAAGUGCUUAUGAGAGGAGCCUGCAAACCUUCCACGCCCUGGAAGACUACCGCAUUCAGGAUACUGAGAAAUCCCGCCCGGGCGACAGCCAAGACAUUCACCUUCCAAAUAACGGGUACUAGCAAGGGUUUACUGUUUUAGGAAGUAGGAUAAUUAUCGGUCACGUGCCCUAGUCUGGUUUUCCAGUACUGAUAAAGCAGGAUGUGAUAGUGAAA